GCCGACCCGAUGGUUGGACUGGUCUGGCGCGGAAUUGAGGGCCCCUGGCGAGCUUCGCGGAGGGCUGGACGUGGGGAGUCAGGGCGGAGCCCAGGCAGCGGGAUUCGGGGUGGUUGACGAGGAGCGGAGGACCUGCUGGGAUUGGGCGGAGGCCGGGGAUCGGUGGCGCUGCAGCUUCAGGUGUUCCGGAGGCUCCACGUCGCCUGGUUCUCAGCGUCUGGAGCCGGCCUGCGGUUCCCGCGAGGACAUGGCUGGGCCGGGUCCGGGAGACCCAGACGAGCAUUACGAUUUCUUGUUCAAACUGGUGUUAGUGGGCGAUGCGAGCGUGGGCAAGACGUGCGUGGUGCAGCGCUUCAAGACCGGCGCUUUCUCGGAGCGCCAGAGCAGCACCAUCGGCGUCGACUUUACCAUGAAGACGCUGGAGAUCCAGGGCAAGCGAGUCAAGCUGCAGAUCUGGGACACAGCUGGCCAGGAGCGAUUCCGCACCAUUACUCAGAGCUACUACCGCAGUGCCAACGGGGCCAUUCUUGCUUAUGACAUCACCAAGAGAAGCUCCUUCCUGUCAGUGCCUCAUUGGAUCGAGGAUGUGAGGAAGUAUGCAGGCUCCAAUAUUGUGCAGCUGCUGAUUGGGAACAAGUCAGACCUUGGUGCGCUCCGAGAGGUCCCUUUGGCUGAGGCACAGAGCCUAGCAGAGCACUACGACAUCCUGUGUGCCAUUGAGACGUCUGCCAAGGACUCAAGCAACGUGGAGGAGGCCUUCAUGAGGGUAGCCACGGAGCUGGUCAUGAGGCAUGGGGGUCCUCUGCUCAGUGAGAAGAGCACCGACCACAUCCAGCUGGAUAGCAAGGACAUUGGAGAAAGCUGGGGCUGUGGGUGCUGACUGGGGUACAGGGCAGGCAGGCAGGCAGGCAGGGGCCUCUCUGUCUCCUCUCUCUGGUCUGCCAAGCCCAGCCCUUCAGAGUUGGCCCUCUUUGGUACCAGUGAUUCUAGAGAAGCUUGAUGAAGUCCUGGAAUUAUUCAUCCCAUGGUCUGGAUGCUUGAUAGAAAAGCUACACCAAGGAAGGGAGAACCAGGAUUCUUCUGGCAAGAGCUCUAUUGGUACAGGGUACAGUGUGCGGCCCAUCCUGCCAGUCAGCAGCUGUUCCCUCAGUGUUCUUCUUGUCCUAGGACAGGCCCGAGCUCAUGAGUAUGGACUGCAGCUGUGGAGGGGCCAGGAAUGUGCUUCCCCAGCUCUAUACAUACUAGUUCUGACCAUUUCACACCUUGUAUCUGCUAAAGCUGGGGCAGCAGGUUGCUGCUUUCCAGGGAUGUGGGUUGUGCUCAGGUCAUUCCAGGGCCUCAAUAUGCAGCUUCAGAGAGCGAGAGCAACCAGCCCAAUAGGCUGGUUUCUGAGCAUAGUCCCAGGGAAGUCCUAACUCUUUCCAGGUGAAGAAACUUAUUUCUUCACUGCCAACUCUAAGCUCAUAGACAUCAUGGGGUCUAGUUUGCUGCCUUGGCAAGACCUCUCAAGUUUUCUGGUUUUCCUUGUAGCUUCUUGUUUUCAUCCACAAAAGUGUAGGGUCAUGGCUCAUACCCAAGUGGGUACUGUUUGCUUGCUUGGGGCCCAAAGUUUUGUCACUCAGGUUGCAAAACUAGCAAAUUCUUAAGUACCAGGGUCUCAGAAACUUGGCGGUUAGGGGGAAUGAGAUAGGAACCUGGAGAUUUAAGGGAAAAAUAAAAUCUUGCAUUCUUAAGGAUCAGGUCUGAGAGUGUCCCUCAGGACCCAGUCUUACCUAUGUGCAGAAAUCUUUCCUGCUAUGUUUAUAGCAUCAGCUCCCCCUGCCCCUCCCAGUCUAUCUUAUAAAGUUUUCCAAACAAAAAAGAUAAGGCCUUGGUAGUUCUGGAUUGGGCUAUUUCACCCACCCUGGGCCCACCUGUCCUCAAUAGCCUCAAUAGCCUCAAUGUGCUCAGGGUGCUUAGGUAAGAAGGCAGACCAGGGCUGAGGUUAUUGGGGUCUUUGAAGUAGCACUGGGUUCUGUGGUGUGGCUCAGAAGAUUGCAGGGAUUGGAUUUAGGUGAACUUCCUAAGCUAAUCCCAGUUCCUCCAUGUCAGCCCAGUCCAGCCCCUUUGGCCCCUCGUUGUGGGACCUUUGGAAUAAACUGCUCUUAGGGCCAUGGGCUUGGCCUUAUCAUGGAGAGGUAGCCCAAAGCCUAUCAGAGCCCAGGCAGCACCCCAGGCUCAGUCUCAGUCCCCAAGGCAGACUGUGGCAUUCCAGGUCAGACUUCCCUUACCUCCUGCUCCAAACACUUUGUUCUGUGCUCCCCCCUCUCUCAGGCAGGCUUGGCUGCAGAACAAGAAAGCAGACCUUUUGUAGUAGCCCUACAGCAGUCUGGUGAGACAUGGAUGGCUGAGUCUGAGACAUGCUAGGUCAGUGACUCUCUUUCCAACAGGGAGGCAGCCAUGGAAUCACUGAGCCUGGUUCUGGAGGGAAAGGAUGUUGGUCUGUUUGGGCCAGGGGUUUAUGCUGAGGGGAAUCAGCCCAUUGUUGGCUAGGGUGGAGUGGGAGCAGGGAGCAAGAAGGCUGCCUGGAUUCUGUCCUCAGUGGCCCUACCGAUGGAUAGGUCCCAGUUGCUAGCAUUGAGGGUUUGUGCCUUCCUGGCCACUCCAUUUCAGUGCCUGGGUUCCACCUGCAGAGUAGAAAGUACCUGUCACUGAGGGGUUCCCUAAAGAGGGUUCCAUUGAGGCCAAGGGCAAAGAUUCUCCAGCCCCAUGACCUCUCUGCUAGGGAUUAAUAUUUGGGCAGGGCUGGGCAUUGAACUUGGUCUCCAGCUGGAAGAUAAUGCUUAUGAAGCCCCACCUGCUGCUUUGGGAAGGUAGGGGUACAUGCAAAGGGUCUUGUAGCAGAAGUGUAGGCCUACACUCCUGUGAUUGACUCGCAGCCCCAGUUCUAGCCAAGAGCACAGGUAACUGCCAGACCCCUCUACCCACCAGUCUUGCAGAGCUUAGGGGAGGAGAGAGGCCCCUCUACCUGUCUUUCAUAUGGGUAUCCUUGGCUGGCAUAAGGAUCCAGGGUAGGCACUGGAACAGGUAGCUGGCUGGCGAUGGGCUCUUUUGUUACCUUAGAUGUGAGCCAUCUCCUCCUCUCUCCCCCUCUGCUCAUAGGCAGGGAAACCUGAAACCCUGCAAAGUGUGGCUUAGAAGGGGAAAAGAACAGUGGGCCUAGCUUAGGACCAGGGAGGUUUCUUCUUACUGGUAACUUCUUGCUUUACCUAGAAAUCAAGGAACCACUUUGCUUCCUCCCCUUCAAAAUCCCAAAAUGUCAAGUAUUGGGCUGAGUGGAUCUCUUGCUGUCCCAUCCUUCAUUCAUGGAGCAGCCUCACUCCAGAGGUUUAGCCUAGAAAUUGGGGGUUACUUUGGGUUCCUCACUUUUUCUUCCCACACUACCACAGUGCUGUGGGCUUACCUCCACAGUGCUGUGUCCUCUGCUCCACACAGGCUCAUCCUCUCACCUGGACAUCUCACUGACCUUGGCUCCUGGGCUUCUAGCCUUUACUACCCCAAGCUAUUCUCCUGCUGUUGUCUAAGUGUCAAUUGUGAAAGGUUACUCCUGGCCCUGCCACUCUCCACCCCAUCCCCAGCACCUUCCAGGGUGCCCAUGGGCACUUGGAAUGUUGUCCACACUUGACCCAGAUGUCCAAGACCUUCACAGCUCUACCUUGGCUUCUUUCCUGUACCUGCUUGUUCCCCAGGAGUACCCUCUUUCCAGGCUAACCCCUUCCUGUCCUCCCCCCACUUACUGACCCUACCCUUUUUGUUCUCUUAUAAUGCCACAAAUGACCCAUUUGGAUAUUCCUGAAAACUGACCCCACUCCAGGCUAAUCUCUUGCUCAUAGUACCCUCUAGCAAGAAUGAGUUCUUUCCCCACCCCUUGGCCUGUGAGUUUCCUCCCCCUACUUCCUGGGCUAUUUCUUAUAGUCUCCAAGAGAUAUUUUCUGGCCCUCAACUUUAUACAAAUGCUAAUGCUCAGGGCCUGGCCUACAGUGUGUUAUUGACUGUAUGCCUUGUGAGGUCCCUACUCUAUAGUGACCCAUCGGGCUGGGGCCUCUCUACAUCUGUGGGCUUUAGUCCUGUGAUAGGGUAAGAGAACAUGGGGCAACUAUUUGAGAUAGGAAACAAGACUCCAUUCCAUUUCCUCUCCUAGCAGCCUCUGGGCAAGAGAACACUUUAAUCUUUUUUUAUAAAUUACCUAAAAAUAGGAGUAGGUGGGGCAAGGGGCCAAGAUGUGGGAGAUAGGGCAUUGGUCAGAAGGAGAGUUUGGAAGUGUUGUGGCAGCUCAGGCCUGGAGGAAGGCAGUCUGUAGUCUGGAUGAGGCUUAUGUGACAUGGCCUGAGGGAGAACAAAGAGGGAAGUUGAUGUAUUAUGGUUAUGGGAGUUGGACUCAGGUGGGCAAGGAACACAGAUCCUGAUUCUUCCUCAGAGAGGUGGUUCCCAGUCCUCCCAGAGGGGUUUUGAUCCCAAAGGCACGAGCUCCAGUAGAGUUGGAGUUGGAGGAAGCUCCCAAUUCAUAUUGAAUUCAGUUCCUCUUCUCUGGGAGGGCUUCCAGGUGUGGGGCUUCAAGGGUUCUCUCAGACCUAUUGUCCUGGACUAUUAGGAGUGGAGGGGGCUUUAGCUAGCCCAAGGAUGCCAUUUGCAUUUGGGAAUUUUUACAUGAUCUAUUUAUGAAUAUAUAAAUCUUUAUAUCAAAUCUAUUUUUUAAAACAUGGAAAGUUGCCUUUAUGGAAACUUAGCAGAGCCAGAAUGUACAUAUUCCUAAACCAUUAAGCAGUUUUCUAUAAUGAGCCUGUGGCACCCAAGACUGGUUUGGUUACUUUUGAGCCCAGAGCCAGCCUAGGUGGCCACAUCCCCACAGAUGGUCCCACUUGCUUAGCUUUCCCCAACUUGUCUUUAGGUCUGGGGUGGAAGAUGAGCCUACACACUGCCCACUACUUGUUACCUGGAUCCCUGUUAAGCUCAUUUUGUCCCAAGCCAGGGUGGGAUCCCCUGGGCAGAGAGGUAGUCAACUGCCUAAGGGGCAGGAAGGAGCUUGGGUUGGGUCCCCUCUCUGCCAGGGAUACUGGUGUGUUACUUUGGGUAACUCAUGGUGUCUUUCUGGGCCUAGGUUCCUUCAAUUGGGUUUUGUGGGAGGAGGUUGGGAAUACUGUUUGGUGAUUGCCAGGGGCACCAGGGAUCCCUCAUACUUCUACCACCUUGUGAAGGAGGUCUGUUUCUACCCUUCCAGUGUCUGCUUUUUCGGAUGAGUCAACAGACUUGGGUUGAGAGUUCUUUGUCCAAGCCUUGCAGCCAUAAGGAAGUAGAGCCAUGUCAAAAUCUAGAACCCUCAUGAGGGCAAGACUGUUUUUGUUUACUACUAUAUUCCAGGUGCAGAGAAUGGAUCUAGGCACAUAGGUGCUCAAAGAACUGCUGAGUGCCUGAACUGGCUCCAGGCAUCAGGAAGCCCAUUAAUCCACAGACCAUGAAGAUAACUGAGUCUGCUUUGGCCACUCACAAAAAGAGGCCUCUGCCUGCCCUGACUGGUGUGGCUCAAUGGGUUGGGCAUCAUCCUGCAAACCAAAAGGUUGUUGGAGGUCAGUCCACGGUUGGGGAUGUAUAAGAGGCAACCAAUCCAUAUUUCUCUCACACACUGAUGUUUCUCUCGCUCUUUUUCUCCCUCUUUUCCCCUCUCUCUAAAAAUAAAAAUAAUAAAAUCUUUUUUAAAAAGGAGGCCUCUGCCUAAAUGGUGAGAUGAAGAGAGCAUAGCAUGGCCAGGUGGUAUUAUAUUUGCCCUGCCAAGACUAGUCCUGAGACAAAGUGACAUCUUGGGACUUAGACCAACCUCCAUUAAAAUUCCAGGUUUGCCGGGACUAGUUGCAUUAUCUUGGGCAAGUCAUUUCUCUACUCAGUGCCUCAGUUUCCUCAGAUGUGGGACACUAAUUCCUGUUCUGUGUGCACCCAGGGAAGCCACAAUGACAUCCUGGGUGGCAGGGUCUUUGUAAACUGAAGGGCCGGAGCAGGACAGGGGGCUCCUGUUUUUGUCUCUGUCCCAGGUGGUUGAGAAGGCUGCUGAGUUCCGUUGCCUGAAUGAAGAAGGCCAGGAGCCCUGGAAAUCCCAGGAGCGCCACACUCCAGACACGUGCCAACCACUUGUCCCAAGGAGAAGAAAUACCUGUUGUCUGAAUUUCCUGUUCUCAUCAAAUGCCAGGCAGCCCCAAACCCACAUGUACCCCUUGAAAGAAGAACCUAUAACUGGGUCCAUCUGAGGGGGGCUCCCCAUACCCAUCCCGGAGGCUCUGAUGUGGGCCAGGCUGUCCUAAGGGCCCUUCCUUUCCUCUGCCCAUGCCAGGGACUACCCAGACUCUGGGGAAAACCCACAGAUCCAAUCAUGGACUUUAAAACAGGGAAACAGAUCAAGGAUCCAGAGAAUCCCUGCUCAAAGCCCCCACUGAAUUCACUCCUGAGCCAUCCAGCUCUCGGACCAGGCCAGGCCUGGCCUGGGUUCUGGGUCCCAGAGCUCUGACCUGUUCUGCCACCAGGGCUCCACUCCCAGAGCUCCAAUCUCAACCCCUCUCAGCACCCUGCUCACAUUUGCCCAGGAGCUCGGCUAGGGUGGGGGACCAUCAGAACUUCCUUCAGAGAAGCCAGGACACAGGGUAUCCCUGCCCAGUUAUAGCCCCUCUCCUUAUCCUCACAGGUCUCCUGUCAUCUUCCCCAUGCAGCUACUCCCCACUCCACCCAGCCUCUGCCUGACCUGACUCAUGCCUCCAAUCUCCACAUCUGACUGUAGGUCCCAAACUAACCAGGUCACCCACUGGCUCAGACCUCUGCACAGUUCCCUGCUGCUCUUGGUCUCCUUCAAGAGGGUCCCCAGAACUGCCCAUGGCCCGAAUGCAUUCCCCCUGACACUUGCCACCCAUAGCCACACAUGACUCUGCCAUUUCCAGACUGCUGCUUCCAGGCAGGCAGACCAUCCCCUACCAAACUCCCUGCUGUGUAGUGGGCUUCUUCAAGCUCCAGGACUUCCUGUUCACACACAGCCCCAGAUAGGACCCUGAUACAAAGGACAACUUCCUGGUCCAAACACUCCCAGACAAUCCCAGGACCCCUCUGAGAAUGGGGAGACCCCCUGCCACUGCCCUAGGGGCUACAGCCUCUGUUGUCAUUUCUCCCCACUGAAAAGGAAAGUCUCAGCUUGGAUAGCAGGUUUGGAUCCAACUGGUGCUUCCUGGACAUCCAAGGUGUAUUUUCACAAAGGCCGCCUAGGGGGCAUAGUAAGGAUGGCUCUGCCCACCAAGCUCAGCUCCCAGGCAGAGCCACACCCAGACAGAGCCAGGAACUAGUCCCAGCCCUCCCACACAACUGGGCUGUGUGUUUUGGCACACUCACCCCUGAUGUGAUUCUGAACCUCACAUUCUAAUGCAAUCAUCACCUCAGUACACAGAACCCAGGGAACAAGAAGCUGAAGAUAUGGAGGUUUCCCUUUCAUAUCAAAGUCAAAGGUGCCCAUUCAUCAUGACAGUGAUGCUGGUAUCUACCAGUGAGCUAGAAGGGUCUGUGUGCUGGGCUGAGGGGGAUGAGUGGCCAUCAGGAAGCAGGGACUUGGGAGAGGAUAUCAGGAGACGAGGUGUCAAGAGGCCCACAAAUUAGCUCCUGGGAGCUCGUUGACUGGGGCCAGCAUGCUCUAGCUUUCUGUUUAAAAUGAGGUUCAGGCCAGUAGCUGGCAUUAUCCAGGACCUUGUAGAAAAUAUAGAAUCUCAGCAUCCACCUCAGGGUUCCUGAGUCAGAAUGUAAAUUUUAAUAAGAUCUCCAUGGGUCUGUGUGCAUGUUACAGUUUGUGGAACACUGGUCUACACAGCGUGCCCACCCCACUAGGGUGGUCCAAGGGCAGGUCUUAACAUUUCAGAAGUUUUUAGGUUUUUCCUAAAAACGAAAUCCUAAAAGAUCUUGCCUGUUUACCUCUGUGGAAGUAUUUUCCUCCUUUUGUAUAAAUGCAGACUUGGUAUGUGGACCUCAAGGACAAAGGUUGGUGUUUUGCUUUUUGACAAGGCUCAGGCUCUGACUUGGACCAAGAUAGACAGAGACAGGGCCCAUGGCAACUGUCAGUGGAAUUCCCUGGGUCAACCUAACACGUAGUCUUUCAUUCAAACUCUGACUAUCUGGAAACAUUUGAACUAUCACCUGUGAUAGGGAUUUUUGUUUUUUUUUCUGGAUCCCUGACCAAGCUGUAUGCAACCCCCUUCUUUUUCCCAGAAAACAUGUAGAUCCAUAUAUAGACCCAAAUAUGGCACAUCAUCAGGGUUUAGCAGACAAUAGGGUAAAGACUGCCCAAUUUCCACGUCUAGGAUCUUCAAAUUUCUGUGGAAUGGUAACACAAUCUGAGAUGAUGGAGUCUGAUAUUUAUUGAGAAAUUUAUACUACUUCACAAGAGGGUUUAAGCACCUUGCCUCAUAAUGCCAGUGGUGGAGAUAAGAUCUGAACCCUGGACAUGAGGCUCAGGAAUAAUGCCUUAAACCCUUGAAAUCUUGUGAGGGAACCUUGGGUUUUGUGCGUGAGACUGUGGCUGCAGCAACAAUGACCGUGUGCUCAGGUUUAGAAUUGACAACGUGGACAUGAUUCUAAGUGGAACUUUCUUAAAAUAGCACUGUGUGGGGAAUCUAUCCAAGGAAUGAAUCAUAAAAACAAUAAAACUUCUAUGCCCAGGAAUAUCGGUGGCAGCCUUAUGCGGCCAAAAACCGGCCCACAUGCUAAACCUGACAAGCUCAGGGGAGGCCUGCAUGGUGGACCUUACAAAUUCAGAGACUGAAAGUAACCACAUAGGAUGGUCUGAACAUAAAAAAUUCCUAACUGAAAGUGAGUUGUGGCAGGUAGUCAUGUCUUAGGCCUGUAGCUUUUUAAAUAAAGGUCAGUGUUUACCUUAAGUGAGCAUGUCUAUUGCUUUUUUGCAUCUAAGAUAACAUACCUUUGAAAUGUCAGAAUAAUCUCUUCUAAGUUCCUCAGGGCACAAUGUAGGCACCAGAGCUGGAGAGCACAGAACCCCUCAUUGUUAUUUUGUUUCCUGCAUACCAUCUUUGUGUGCUAUAAAUGGUAAUUAUUAACUGUCACCCAAGAGAAGUUUGUGUCUCUUCAUUUUUUUACUUUUUUCCAAUCCCAGAGAUUUUUCUGCUUUGCUUUCUCCUGCUCGUUUAAUUUACCCAGUGUAACUCCUUUUAUUGUAACAUAUAAAGUAAGCUGCAAAACUGCCA